AUGAUAUUGCAGGACAGCGAUAUUUUCCUUCUGGAUGACCCGUUCUCUGCAGUGGAUGCCACCGUUGCUAAGAGCAUAUAUGAAAAGUUACUAGGUCCAGGUGGUCUUCUCGCGGCGAAGACUGUGAUUCUCGUUACACAUUCUAUUGGAUUCACGAAAAACGCUACUAUAAUUCAUGUGAUGGAUGGUGGAAGGAUCGUCGAUAGAGGGACAUACGAAGAGCUGUUGCAAAGAAGCAGUGUCUUCAGUCAGAUUAAGCGCGAACUGGAAGAGAUGCAGAAGAAGGAGAAGAAUGCGGAUAAAGCUCGUGAGUUAAGCUAA